UUGUUGUGGUCUUUACUGAAGUGUUUCGUGUAAAUAGAUAUUUUCAUUCAUUUCACCUUAUCUGAACACCACCUUAUGUGAAUUCACCUUGAAAAGUACUGUAAAAAGUUUUUGUUUUUGGUAUUGCAAACAAAAUUGCGGCUUUUUGAAAUUAAUUCAAUAAUAAAUGAAAUUAAAAUAUGAGACGUUCUAAGGCACCAUCGGUGUUAAAUAAAGCAAAACGCUGGUGUAGUUCUAAAGAUAACGGUAAUGAUUCUAAAGACGCUGGUCAUAGUUCAGAUCCCGAGGAUGAACAAUAUAAUUGGGGUUCUCGAAAUCAUAAUGGUGAAAUUAAAACGAACAAUUAUGAAAACAAACGAAUUUUCAAUAUAGUAUGGCGUGAUAUAUCUAAUAAAAAACAUAAAACUUGGAAGGGGGAUGGAACGCUGGAGGUCAAUAAUUUUACAGUUAAAGCUAUUUUAAAAGAUGAAACUGGCAAAUAUAUGGGUUGUUCAACAAAAUUUAACAAAAAUGAUAUUGCUCCUGACUUUCAGAUGGUAAUAGGAGGUAAAGAAAUUGAAAUACAAAAUGAAAUCAAGGAAGAAGAUGAAUUGCAGGAACUCCGUAAUAGACAGGUUCGUAAUCGCAACUGGGGAGAGGAAGAAUGGAUAUCUCCAGAAGAUUUGGCUGAAGAAGCAAAGAAACCCAAAGGAGGUUUUAAAUUUAAACCCAUUUUAACAUUAAGGCCCCCGGAAGUACCUUCAAGUGUAGAAUGGAAAGAAAAUGAUAAAUCGGACUGGGAAAGGAAUGAUUAUCAAAAGCCGAGCGUCUCCAAAUACAACAGGGAAUCUUCAAUACUUUCUUAUCAAAAAAAUGAUUCGUGUAAAGAAUUCCUAUGUUUUAUAAGUGCUUCAGAAUUGCAACAAUUUCUUUUCAUGAAAGCAAUCGAGUACUAUUCAUCAGUAAAACCAAAAUUAACUUUGGAAAAUAUCAAAUCUCUUGAUAUAGUUAAUAUUUUAAAACACAUUUGUAAUCAUCCUUCAUUUAUCAACAAUAAUUCUACCACAAAUGAAUUAAUGCGUCAUCUACAACCCACUCUACCUGACUGGUCUGAAAUGGGUCCUUUUGAUUCGGGUAAAUUGGAAUUUGUUCAGUAUUUUUUAUCAGACCUAAUUAAGAUGAAGCCUCGAAAUUGUAUUAUUAUUGCGGAAAAUGCAAAUGUUCUAAAUAUGCUGCAAGGUUUAUGUAAUUUUAUGAAUAUUCAAUGUUUUCGCUUACAAACAAAUAGUUCUAAAGAUGCCACCACCAAUGAAGAACUUAUAAAUGAAUUUUGUUCAGCGGAAAAGACGAUAAGCCAAGUUUUACUAGUAAAUUCGAUAGAAGAUAUUAAUAGUUUUGAGAUUUCCAGUUGCUGUAAAACAAUUAUUGUUUUUGAGGAUGUUUUAAAACAUGAGAACAUUUUCAACACGGUGAAUAAUGCCCAAGACACUAUUGUAUACUAUUUGGUAACUGCAUUUUCAGUUGAAGAAUUAAUACUCAUAGAUAAAUAUCAAGAAAGUAAAGAGGAGAACCUAUUUGAACGCUUAGAAGAAUUGGUUAAUAUAUCAAACAUGAUGGACAAUGAUUGUUGUUAUCUACAUUCAAAAAUUGAAUGUAAUUGCUUUAGAGGAACAGAAGAUAGUGUUAUUAAGAGCGAUAAUAUAUUUGCAAAAGAAUGGAAACAUUUUAAGCAACCUUUUGAUGUGGAACUUUUAAAGAUGUCGUUAUUGGAAAAUUCAGCGGAAAAUAUUGUUUCAAUUUUUUGUAAAAAUCAUUCGAAAUAAAGUUGAAAUUUAUUUGUUGAA